AUGUUAAUAAAAAAAGUUCAUCUGAGUUGGAGCCCUAUUGUUGCUCUUCUAAUUUUUCCACUAGUUGCUCCUGCAGAUAGCAAAUACCCUUGGCUGGAUCAAAUCUCAAGACAAGAGCAACUUUUAAUGGGUUGCGAGAACAUGGGAUUAAAGUACAAGAAAAAAGUUACUGUAAAUAUGUUGAAUCACAUUUUGGUGGAUCAUCAUCAUAAAUUAUUGUAUUGUUACGUUCCGAAAGUUGCUUGUACAAAUUGGAAGAGGGUACUUAUGGUGUUAACGGGCGAAUCGAAUGCAACAAAUCCAAUUCAAAUUUCAGCCAGUACCGCACAUUUGGAUAAUUCCACUUUGAAACUGUCUCAGUUAACAGUACCUGAAAUAAGAGAAUCCUUGAGACAAUAUACUUUGUUUUUAGUAGCCAGACAUCCUUUCGAACGAUUGUUGUCUGCUUAUAGAAAUAAAUUUUUAGGAAACAACACUAUUAGCAAUUAUUUUAAGAAUCGUUAUGGAAAAUACAUUAUCCAAAAAUACCGUAAAAAGUCCAUGUUUGCGGAUUCAGGAUCGGAUUUUGUUACGUUUAGAGAAUUCAUACAGUAUUUAAUUAAAGAAGGAGUUCGUUCCAAUGAACACUGGACGCCCAUUUAUGAUUUGUGUUUGCCUUGCUCUCUCGAUUACAAUUUUAUUAGUAGAUACGAAACGAUUCCCGACGAUGCCAGUACAAUUUUAAAUAUGGUUAACGCGCCGUCUCUCGUGUUUCCUGCCACCCGAUCCGGCCGAACGAAAGACAACCUGAGGUUUUAUUUCCAGCAAUUAAGCAUUUAUGAAAUAGAGGCGUUGUACAAAUUGUACGAGGCCGAUUUUAAGCUAUUUGGAUACGGGUUGGAGGAAAUGUUGGGUUACGAUUUGGCCUAA